UGUAUUCAGAAGCAAAGUAUAAUUUGAGUAGAUUAAAAUAGAGCUUUGUUUUGCAAUCGAGUUGAUUUUGACAGUGAUAAAAUUGGAUUAUCAGCCUAUUGACGGGAUCUAAUGUGCAUUACAGUAUGAAAAGGGGUUAAAGAGAGGGGGUGAAUUUCAGGUAAAUUUCUACUCUGCAAUUUGAUGCUUUGUUUCUCCCCCGAGUACACUUAACUCGACACUUGUGAUUACGAGGUUAUUAUUUCACGCAUAACUUUUCCCAACUUCAGGUCUCAAGGGUCAAAUUGUGAAAAAAUGGGCCACUUUAGCGCUCGCGAGCUAAUAUCACAUUGAUUAUAUUUUAUGGUUGAACACUUAACUAAAAAUAACAAUAGCUCGAGUGGAAAAAUUGGUGAACAAAAAUAAACAAAAAAGGCGAAUUGACGAAGCCAGAAUUUUCAGCUGGAACCAAAAAAAGUCCGGCAGUUAUUCAAGGGUUACAAAAACAUCUGGAUCAAAUCAGCAACCAGCAGCAGUUUUGAAUAUUUAUCAUUGAUAGAUAGUUCGUAAAUUAAGCAAAAUGUCAUCCUUUCUGACCAAAUCGCACAGUCAAAAACAGGCCAUCAUGAGAGACCUGCUGAAGAACUUCGACCGACUACAGAGCAUGAGUGACGAAGAGAUCCAGACACUGCUCGGAGAAAACGACCCACAUUUGAAUCCCAAUCACCUCGGAGGUGGCAACAUUCGGGGCGAACCGGAGGAGACGAAGCCGAAGAAACGAGGGCCGAAGAAGAAGAAACUGACAAAAGCCAGACUGAUUAAGCUCAAAGUGCGCAGGUCAAAAGCGAACACCCGCGAAAGAUCACGCAUGCAUGGAUUAAACAGUGCUCUGGACCAACUGAGAAAUGUAAUCCCCGGAUCGCCUCACGCGACACAAAAACUGUCCAAAAUUGAAACUUUAAGACUGGCUAAAAACUACAUUAAGGCAAUGAGUGAUGUCUUAAAAACAAAUACAGCGCCAGACGCUUCGGUUUUUGUACAAUCAUUGUGUGAAGGGCUUUCACUUUCAACCAUGCAUUUGGUAGCCUCGUGCUAUCAAGUUAACCCGAGAAUCAUUUUCCCGAACAUGCAGUUCGUAUCAAAGUUUGGGCAAAAAGGUCGGAGGUAUGGCCGAGCAGUGGCGGUCGGUAAUCAUUCGUUAAGCCAGUCAGAUUUGAGAUCAAACUCCGAAGAUCAGCAAUGCAUGUUCGAAUGCCCGACGCCAGAUACGAGCUCAAAUUGCGACAGCACAAAUGAACUAAGUUUGACAAGUCAUUUCGGUGCGAACGAGAAUCUGUAUUCAAAGCCGAGUUUCAGUUUCAACCAAUCAAACUUGACAACGCCAAGUUUUUCCCACCACGAGAAUCAAUUGGCGUCUGUGACUUGUGCAUAUUCAAUGGAGUCUGAAAACUUUCUCGGAUUCAGUCCAGAAAACCAGAAUGUUUACUGUGCAUUGAUGUCCAGAGGAAACACUGAUUUCAGGAGUUCGUUUCCAAAUUUGGAAACCAAGGAGCCUAAAUUUCAAAGCGGACCCGAUCUAUUCAACUUGUUCUGAGUAAAAAAAUUCAAUAAAAAAACUUAU